AUGAACACCUGGAAUCACACAAAUGAGCCUGACUUCAUCCUCACAGGAUUGACGAGUUCCAAGGAAAUUCAACUGGUACUCUUUCCCCUGUUUCUCCUUAUAUACUUGGUCACUGUCCUGGGGAACACAGGCAUGAUAUGUACCAUUCAUCUAGAUGCCCAGCUUCAUACUCCAAUGUAUUUCUUCCUCACCCAUCUAUCAUUUCUUGAUCUCAGCUACUCAACUGUCAUCACACCUAAAACCUUAGAGAACUUACUGACUUCCGUAAAGAAAAUUUCCUUCAUGGGUUGUUUUACUCAGUUGUACUUUUUCGUCUUGUUUGCUGGUGCUGAGUGUUUUCUUCUUUCUUCCAUGUCCUAUGACCGCUAUGUAGCUAUAUGCAGCCCUCUACACUACCCAGUUAUUAUGUCUAAAAGACGCUGCCGUGCCCUCCUUACUUGUUCCUACAUGAUAGGAGUUUUUGAUUCAUCUGUCAACAUGCUCUGUCUAAGCAGGUUGUGUUUCUGCGGCUCUCAUGUCGUCAAUCACUUUUUCUGUGACACACCUGCAAUACUCGCCCUGUCCUGCACUGACACCCAUGCCAUUGAAAUGAUAAUAAUCAUUGUCUCUAGUUCAACUCUAUUGGUGUCUCUUCUCACCAUAUCAAUGUCUUAUACAUCCAUUCUCUCUGCCAUAUUGAAAAUCAGUUCCACUGCAGGAAAGCGAAAAGCCUUCUCCACUUGUGCCUCUCAUCUUCUGGCAGUCACCAUAUUUUAUAGCACUACCAUCUUUACUUAUUUAAAACCAAAGAAGUCUUACUCCUUGGGAAAAGAUCAAGUGGCUUCUGUUUUCUACACCAUUGUGAUCCCCAUGCUGAAUCCACUCAUCUAUAGUCUCAGAAACAAAGAAGUAAAAAGUGCUGUCAGGAGAGUUAUCAAGAAGAAGGAGGACCCCAUGGAGAUAAGAUAG